GCAUCGAUAAUUUUAUGGCUCCUUUAACAGAUAGCAUGGAACUUGAAUUUAAAGACGAAUAUAUUAUAUAUCGUACAGACGAUGAUAAUAUUCAUGGAAUUUGGGUAUAUGAAACAAAAGAUAGGGAGCGAAUAAGAAAGCAAUUGUGGGAAUGUCGUGAAUUAUCGAAGACUGUCAGUACGUCGCUGCAGUUAGAACAAUCUUCGAAAUUAUCAUUCACUCCAACAGCGAAUUCAAACUCUUAUGGAAAACCAAUCGAUAUUGUGGAUCUUCUAAAACGGGCAGAAAUAAAACAGAUCAAUGGAAUAACGUCAUCCAAACGCAAUGUACAAUCAGAUGACCACUCUCAUAAAAAUGUAAUUGACAAGUUGUUUCAGAAUACCAAUCAUACUGAAUCUUUAAUACAUUCAUCAAUACCCUCUAUUACACCAAAUCAAUCUCUUGAUGGAAAAUUACUUUUGGAUUUACUUCGUCAGCCAGCAAAUAGUUCCUCAACAACAGGAAUAGCAUCAAAUCCUUAUAUCUCAUCAACACCCUUACCACGAUCGAUAUCAUUAUCAGGGGAUGCUAUUUCUCAUGAUCAUUACAUGAAGAACCCAGGUCUGCCAUUUGUCAAGACAGGCCAAAGCACGUCGAUUCCUACGUUAACAAAUACAUCAAAUCAUGUGCCUACCACGUCGACAACUCUGUUUGGAGAGAACAAUCAAGGUUUACAACGUUCACAGGUUCUCGAUGCUUCCAUUGCUUCUCUUUCUGAGUUUCUGGACAGAAAUGAUCAACGUGGAAAUCGCAUGCAAAAGAUAAUGAGCAAGCCUGAAUUUACUCAAAGAUAUUUAUAUUUAAUUCAGGUGUGA